GGAAGCCUGACUCUUCAAUUGGGAGUUGUUUGAAUGCCUGACUCUUUCAAUUGUUUUGGGGUAGCUGUUUGUUUUAAAACAAAGGAAAAAAAAAAUUAACUGAAAUAACCUGAAACUGAAACUCGGAUUGAUUUCCUCUUUGUACAGAGUGUUCAUUAGCCAGUGGAGAUCGGAAAAUUCUCCUUUAAAAAAGCAAAAUUCACUGGUAAAUGUUCGGUAGCCUACGACUAUUUUUAUUCAGACAUAGAGCCUCUUUUAAAAUAUUUUCCUGUAAUGUUAAACCUUUCUCCUGCUACUAGAUUAAUAGUGAAAAUCUUGUUUGUAUUUUAGUGGCUAAAAUGUGUGAUCAGCCUUCAGUGUGGGAUUGCUAAGCAUCUAACUCAACCAUCUAGCAACAAAAGUUUGAUUUCAAACCACAUUGACACCUCAUCUGUCAAAGGGGAAUCAGCAAACUCUACAAAUACUUCCACACCUGUUCAAGCUGGAAGUAAUGGAGCAGUAAAGGAACCAGUUGUGAAUGGUUUGUCAUCCAAGUCAGACUUCAACAAUCACAGUUCAACAUCACCUUCCAGUAGUGGUGUUCCUAAUGCUUGCAUCAGUAGAGUUGUUACAACAACUAUCACUACUACUAGUGGUGGGAAAACCAUAACUAAACCACUGACAAUUUUGUAUGCAUCACCGUCUAAGUUGCAAACUCACAUGAAUGGACCUCUUACGGCAAAGUCAGUCACUAAUUCUGGUAAUCCGGUCAGUAUGUGUACAGUGUCUUCAACACAUCUACCUUCUCAGGUUCUGGUGAAGCAGGAACCCAAAUCUGUCGAAAAGCCUGUUGCUUGUAAUGACUUGAAUCAAUUGAGUGCUGAAUGCAAACAGCUUUCUAAUGACACGGCAAAGUUAAUCAAUGAUAUUGGCCAUUUGAACAAUGUCAAGCCAAAAAUUACAGUGGAGGGUGUAAAAACAGUGGCUGUUCCUACACCAAGUACUAGCUCUGUAGUGAAUACAACUGUUAGUGCAGCAAGUAGAACUAUCUCAACUGUUACAGCUGCUGGUAGUCCAGGAAGCUCCAAUGGUACAAAAGCUGCUUCAGCGGCUCCAACAAAACUCAUUGUUCUAACAAGCACAAACAGUGGGAACAUAAUUAAGACAAUUGCUACUGCAGGAUUGAAUGCAGCAGGCUCUAGUCAAAUCCCUGGUGGUAGUAUAGUAACAUUAGGUGCAGCAGGAAAUGGAACAAGUGUAAAUCCUGUAAAACUUGGGACAGUUAAUGCUGCCACACCCGCAUCUAUAGGCUCAAGUCCUAAUAAGGUUAACCAGGCAGCAGCUGCUACUUCCAUGGCAACUGCUAACGCUAUUAACAGCAUCUGUGCUGCAGCUGGAGUUGAUGCUUUUAAUGGUAAGUGGAGUCACCUGUCAUAUCUGGGAUUUUUGUGUCAUUUACUGGUGCUUGGUUUUGUUUUGAAACUCUCAGUCUCAAAAGCAGAUACAGAGAAGAAGUGUGAUUUCACAUUACCAUGGUUGCAAAAUUUCUGGAUCACAACAAUAUGGAGCUUAAGCAAUGACAGUGGCAAGGGCAAUGAGAAGGGCAAAAAAGCAAUAGGUUUAGAUUAGCGAUACAACAACUUUGCACGUGCAUGAUGCCUUUUUGUACAUUUUCAGCCAUCUUUGCACGACUGCGGCAUGAAACUUCCUUAUUUCACGCACAUGCUUUAUGGAGUAGGUGAACACAGCACAAAAAUUUUCUUUUUCUGCACUUGGAUAUGGUCCUUUCAGAUUCAACACCAGAAAUUGUGUGAUAAAUAAAGAAAGAUUUUAAAUUAAAUUUUAAGCUUGGUGAAGAAAUGAGAAGUGGUGUGAUCAACAUGUCAUGAGCAUGGGACAAAGAAAAAAUCUGAGUUCCAGACUGGAAUGGAGCCUAUGACCUUCCGUCGUACUCCACUCGGAUGCCAUAACCACUGAGCUAUGAAGGACUCCCCUUUGUAGCUCAGUGGAUAAAGUAUCCGACCGGUUUACAGAAGGUCAUGGGUUCAACUCCUGUCGGGGACUCAGAUUUUUUCUCUGUCCUGUGCUUGUGACUUAUUGAUUACAUCACUUCUCAAAAUGAAAUUGAUUAAGCUCGAUGAAGUUUGAAGCAGUGCAAAUUCACUUUUUAAGUGACAUUUUUGGGUUUUUGUCAUAUAGAAAUUUUGCUGCCAUGGCAAAAUGACGUAAUGACUUCUCCUCUCUAUUUACAUCCCUCUUAUAGGUAAAGUCCAUCCUCAGAAUAAACCAGUAUUCAACUUAUUUUGAUUCUGAGCCCUUAAUCAGUCAUAAGAGAAAAAGGAAAUGCUGAUUUAAUCUGAAAAGUAACAUUUUUUACAUACGAAGUACCCACCUUGGGACGAAAGUGUCUAAGGAAUGAGUGAUGCCCACUAAAGGGAUAGUCGGCUUCAUACUCACUAAAAUGCAAAAAUCAGACAAAAAAAACUUGUGGAGAAUGAAUAGGUUGGACACCGCUCCCACCUGUCUUGUAUGAUACAGUGCAAACUCUUGUAUUCACAUGGAAAUAACAAAUUCUGGCAAAAGUUAAGGCAGCUUUCAGCAAAUUCCUACAAGAUAUGAAAAUAAUCCUAUUGGUUGCUGGUGAUAUUAUUCUCAUACCACCAGGCCAGUCAGUCAAGUAAUAAGAUAUAUAUAACAAGAUAAAUGGUUUCUGUGUUUGUAAUUGUGAGCAAUUUUUUCAUCAACAGAGUUGGCAAAGUUGGACCCUCGUCUCAUUCAAGUGUUGGCAUACCAGAGACUUCAGCAGCUUCUCACACAGACCAAGGUAAGGAAGCCCAAUGAGUUAAUCACAAGGUAAACAAAGUACAAAACAUUCAGCUGGUUGAACUCCUUUUGUUAUUAUUAUUAUUAUUAUUAUUAUUAUUAUUAUUAUUAUUAUUAAUAUUAUUAUAAUUCUUGUGUACAUAUUAUUAAAGGGCAGUCUCAAAAUUGCUACAGAUACCUUACUCCAAGUGGUAUGUGUCACUAUCAGCAUUCGUUACCAAAACUUGUUGAUUUUUGUUAUGUAUCCUCAACCAAGCAAUAAAGAACUUGCACAAGAUAGUAAAAUUAUUGUGUAGAGUCUAGAAAUCCUGCAACAACACGAGUCAUGCUUAGUUUCCUUUGAACUAGAUUGUGUUAUGAGAGCUUAAGUUUGUUUUCUUGAACUAACUGAAGAUGUUUUUUCUUGAAUUCUACAGCCUGUUCCUCCCAGUCCUGUGGCAGCUAGAAAAAUUUCUUUCAAUGGCUUAAAGGAGACAAUAGUUCUUCCUCAACAAGCUGGUAAGUCACUAGAAUUGUUUUUGUUGUUGUUGCUUUCUUAUUUUGUUAAGACCUUUAGCUUGGGGUAUAUCAGAUAUUCCAGUGAAGGAUGUAAUAUGAAAUGUUACAAACAUUUGAUGUGUCAGUAGCAAGAGUAAUAUCUGUGCUUGACUAUAGCCUUGUGUCUCUAUUUGCAGAAGAACUUUUAAAUACCAGUAGUUCUCCAAGUUUUUGGCAUGUUUUGAUAUGAACCAUUGGCAAAUGGUUAAUGAUCGUUGUUGCUUUGUAGAAAUAAAUAUUGUGGUUCCUGGGGGUGUUAAAGAAUUUGUUAAGGUGUUAUGAAUCCUUUGGCCUUCUUAGCAGAGACAAAGGCCAGUACUCAAGGUGCAUUCAUAAGCCAAUGUUUUUUUGUACUUCUUAUGAGUGUAUCUUUAUGAUGUGAUAAUAAAUAAAAAUAAUUGACAUAUUGUGUAAUUAUCAAUGUAAUUAUUUUCAGUUGUGCAUUACAAUGAAAAAAAAAGCUAAAUAAAUAGACUAGCUAUAAUAGGCACUCAACAGCUAGCCAUUCAUGUGGUACAAAAGUGCCAUGCUGGAGAGGAAAAGUCGCACUAGGACAAGACAAACAAAGGAAAUAACCUUUUAAAAUUAUGUAUGCCUUUUGUUUGUCUUGUGCCAGUGGGCCUUUUGCGCUAGCAAGCCGGUUUUGUACCACCUGAAUGGCUAACUGCAAAGGUCCUAUUGGACAUUACAGUGAUAAAAAGCUAAAAAUCAAAAAGUUAAAAUUGACUGGCGAUACAAAAAAUGUAGUUAAGUGACGUGCAUGUUACCUACUUGAUUCACCCUCCUUUACAGUUCCAGCAGGUAGAUCCAUAGCAGUGUUGUGUCCACUGACUGGGACAGGCCCUGUAUGUCCUAUGAUUCACAAGUGUCUCUCCCUUGGACAAGGUGAUAACUUCACUUUCUUUUAACUAAAACCUGGCAAACAUUUUUAUUUCAUUUCAUCAAUCUUUCUUUUGCUUCAGUAGCUUUUGCAGUAAGUAAAUAGCAUCCCAGUAUUUAUGUUGUCCUAGAAAAUAUCCACACUCCCCCUGCCCCCGCUCCUCCACCAUUUUCAUGUUAGUGGUCUUGGUUUGAAUUUGAUUUAUGGGGCCUUUGUCUUUACUCCCACAGAUUCAUUAACUGAAAUCUAGAAGGUUGGAAAUGCAUACUCCAACAUUCUGGGCACCAAACGAUGUGAUAUUUUUGACAAUUUUUACUCUGAUGGGUGUAAUUAUUUUGAGGUGCUCUUUGGUGUAUUUAGCAUUUCAAGGUAGUAAUGACUGUUAAGUCUUGGCCUAUUUCUCAAUUACCAAUCAGUAGUGAACUGAUUGGUAGUAUAUAAGUAGGUUGAGUAUGAAUGUACGUAUAAGUUCUGGUAAUGUUAACCUGCUGAUGAUAGUGUCUUAGUGUCAGACAAUUAUGUUGUGAUCAAUUGUUUUAUUUUCUUAAAUUUUGGUAGGUCCAGACAUGGAUGUUUGUCUUCAGGAAUAUGGUCACUGUAACUUUAUUUCAGAAAAACACUGUUCUAUAUUCUAUGAUGAGGUAUAAAGCUUCCUUGGGCAAUGAUCUUUUUGUUAAAAUACUAAGAGUCUAGGGAGAUUAAGUAACAACAACGGUGCCAGAAACAAGAACCUCACUUAAAAAGUGCAUUCGUACUGCUUCAGACUUUAUCGUGCUUAUUCCAUCUUAUUCAAUUCUUCAAAUGUUGGCUAUUUUUUCUGGAGUUGAAUUUUAAGACUGUAUCAAAGUUCAGGAAAAGAAAAACAAAGUUGUUGUCUUGUGCUUAGAUCCUCCACAAAACGUGAAAUUAGACUUUUUUAUGUCUUAGUCAUGCAGUGAUGGCAAAGAAAUGUACAAAAAAGCAUGAUGCAUGUGCAAAGUUGUUGUUUCACCCAUCUAAACCUAUUGAUUUUUGAUGUUCUCACUGCCGUUGUGGUUUUCUUUGUUUAAGCUCCCUUUUCUUGUGAGCAGUGAUGGUGCACACACCAAUAACUUUUUACCUUAUGGUAUUUUCUCCCAACAGACAUCAAAACAAUACGAACUCAUAAACUACAGUGAACAUGGAACAUAUGUGGACAAUGUUUUGUACUCAUGUGACUUUUCAGACAAAAUUAACAGACAUGUUGUCUCAUCAAAGGAUCUUGACCCAUCAAAAGUCAGCAAAAAUAAAUUGCUGGCUGCUGCUCAAGUCAGACAAAACUCCAAGCCAAAAGGAUCACGGAGAACUGUUGGUCUAGGAGUGCAAAAAAUUGUGAAAGCUUGUAACUGUACAACAAGCAGUUCAAACUUGAUUGGUGGCAGUGGGGCAGGCUGGGAAGGCACAGCACUGUUGCAUCAUGGGAGUUAUAUAAAACUGGGAUGCGCACAGUUUGUGUUUAGUAUAACAAGUCAUGCAACCAAGCUACCAUCAAGUGCGAAGACAAGUACAAGCUGUGCAAACGAUAAAAAGCCCGUGGUCUCAUAGUCAGUGUUAGUCCUACAGUUAAAGAAUAAUAUUGUUGUAUUUGAAAACUUCACCUUUUGAAGGUGAAGAAUUUUAAUGAAAAAUGAAAGAGCUUCAGAACAAGUUAAAUUGCACCUUUUAUCUUGAUGUUUGCCACAGUGACUGUGAUUUUAACAAAUUAUAUUGCGGUUUCUGUAAGAAUCGGGAGGAAUUCAAGGGUGCUAUAGACCCAUCAGAAAAAUUAAAUAUUGAUUUGUCUUUCUUCCUCCCACAACCUGUCACUAGCAAUCAGGGAGAGGUGAUUAAAAUAUGUCUGUGCAAUGUUAAUGUUCAAUUUGGUUUAUGGCAACUGUUCUCUAUGAUAAGGAGAGGUUGAACACGAAUAACAUCAACAAAAUUCUCUGCCACACAGCCCUGGGUUGAACAAUUUGUGAACUCAAAACUUUCUUUGGGUGUCAGUUAUGUGAAGCCCAAAGACUUGGUUGGAAGUUAUAAAGUAUGUAGGGUUUUGAAAAGGUUAUAGGAGGACUCCAUGUAAGAGGCACAAAAAUGGUCAGUAUUUUUAUAUUGUAUAGGUAUGUAUGUAUCAGAAAGGAAGUGUAUAUGAGAUUUUUAUGUGACUGAUGUCCAACCUUUUUGAAAAAGUGUAUGUAAUUUUAUUCUUGUAUCAUUCUAUUUAAGACAGGGAUGGACAAAAUAUUUAUUACUUGUACAGUUAAUGUCCAUUGUUGUCUUACAAUUCACAAACGCUUUUGUGAUGGCAAAGGUGGUUAAACUUUUAACUAAUAAUAUUCUAAGUUACACAAAUGUAUUGUAAUUAAAGUACCGUAAAAUUCCGAAAAUAAGCCCCUCCAUGUAUAAGCCCCUCCAAAUAUAAGCCCCCCAAACCGGUAACGCAAAAAAACCUCCGUUAAAUCGCCCCUCCAAAUAUAAGCCCCCCGGGGGCUUGUACUAGGAAAAUUGCCCUCAAAUACAAAGUAAAACAAAGCAAAAACGGUAUAUUUACUUCCAACUAUAAGGAUAGCCCAAGCGAUUUAGAAAAGCAAAUUUCCCUCCGUAUAUAAGCCCCUCCGAACAUAAGCCCCUCCAAAAAUAAGUCCCUCAAAAAGGGUGUUUGAAAAAUAUAAGCCCCGGGGCUUAUUUUCGGAAUUUUACAGUAGCUAAAGUUGGUUUCUGUAGUUAGCUGAUGAUUGAGAGUUGCAUGCAGUCUAUAAGUGCACAAAAGUUCCACUUAUGUCAUUCACAAUAGAGGAGAUGAAACCCUACCCUGGCAUAAUAUACCUUUUCAGAUUACCAUUCUCUUUGCAGUUGUUGUCAUUGUUUGUCUUUAUUAUGGUAAAGCGAACAGGAAAAUUU